AUGGGUGAGAUUCAAUCAAGUUUUUCUCACUUCCUUUGGAAAUCUUCAACUCCUACUAAGGUAAAGAUUUUCUUCCGGCUUCUUCCUAAGGGAAGUAGCAGACAUGAAAAUUCGCUUAGGAAAGGCUGGGAUGGUGAUCCUGGUUGCCCUUUCUGCCAAAUUGAGUUAGAAAUUGAUAGCCACAUUUCUUCAACUGUGCCUAUGCUAAGGAUGUCUGAACCUAUAUUUUGUCUUGUUUUCCCUCGGUACAGUGGCCUGCAAAUUUUGAAGAUAUUUUUAUAUUCUAACAGCGAUUCUGUGCUAGAUCAUAAGCUUCGCUCCUUGUGGAAAGUUGUUUUCCCCGUCUACUGUUGGUGCAUGUGGAGAUCAAGAAACAAUUUGAUCUUCAAUAAAGAAAAGACAACCCCUAAAUGCAUUGCCUCUAAUAUUGCACGCUUCGUGCUAUUCUGGACAAUAUGCUCAGGUAGAAAGGAGGCUGUGAUCAUCAACGGGACGGCAAAGGAGCAUGGACUUGGCUCAUGGAGAGUACAGAUGAUAAAGUCGUAG